GGAGCCUCCAGUCCCUCCAGGACCCCUAGAUGCGCCACCUGACCUGGACCCUCCGCCUGACCUGGACCCCCCACUUCCAGAGUCGGACUCCCAACAUCUUUUGAAGUUGAAAGUGGCCAAGAGGAAGGCGUCUGUGCCCAGGAAGGAGGGUGCUUCGAAGCCUCACGCGGACGCCCCGGCGAGGCGUUCAAGACGUCGCGCCUCCCCAUCUGCGUCGCCAGGCCCGAGCGACGCCCGUGCAGCCCCGGUGAGGAAGUCAAGGCGUCGAACCUCCAAGUCUCCGCCGGGGAGCCGAGCCACCCUGGCCAACAGGCUGCAGAUGACGAUGGCUUUGGUGGACCAGAACAGAGACCUGCGCUGCUCCAAGUGUGACAUAAGGUUCGCCAACCCCAAGGACCUCGUGGCUCACUUGCGGCAGCACAAUGCUAAACGGCCCUUCGAGUGUGACGAGUGCGGCCGAAGCUUCGCGGAGUAUUGGAACCUACGGAUGCACCAGUUCAUCCACACUGGUGAAAAGCCGUUCCAGUGCAAGGUGUGCUCCAAGAAGUUCCGAGCCAAGGACGCCUCAGGCAGCACAUGA